GGAUUGUUUCGCGCAGGAAGCAGGCUCCAUUUUAGCGCCGCCCGCCGUCGCCAUCUGUUUCCCUUCCCUCCCCCCUUACCCCCUCCCGUACCCAAACCCCAAGGAGAAGGCUGGGCCUAGGGCGCCAGAGGUUGGAGUGAAAGGAGAAAAGGGAGAAGGGGUAGAAGCGGGAAGAAAAAGGGUGAGUCGAGAACGGUGAGCGGUAGAGGCCAAGGUGCGAAGCGCGCAGCCCAGCGGCCGGACUGACGGACGUGCCCGUUCUACGGCUGCCGCGGCUGCGGCGCCCGCGCGAGUCGCGUCGAAGCGGCGGCGGCGGCGGCAGCAGCAGCGGCGGAAACAGGAGGGGAGCAAUGGCGGCCGACAGCCGGGAGGAGAAAGAUGGAGAACUAAAUGUUCUAGAUGAUAUUUUGACUGAAGUACCAGAACAGGAUGAUGAACUGUAUAAUCCAGAGAGUGAACAAGAUAAAAACGAGAAAAAGGGAUCAAAAAGAAAAAGCGACCGAAUGGAAUCUACUGAUAUCAAGCGACAAAAGCCUUCUGUUCAUUCAAGACAGUUGAUUUCUAAGCCACUGAGCUCAUCUGUUAGCAAUAACAAAAGAAUAGUUAGUACUAAAGGAAAGUCAGUUGCAGAGUAUAAAAAUGAGGAAUAUCAAAGAUCUGAAAGAAGCAAGCGUCUAGAAGCUGAUCGGAAGAUUCGUUUGUCAAGCAGUGCUUCUAGAGAACCUUAUAAGAGUCAACCUGAAAAAACUUGUCUCCGAAAAAGGGACCCUGAAAGGAGGACCAAAUCCCCUACGCCAGAUGGUUCUGAGAGAAUUGGGCUUGAAGUGGAUAGACGUGCAAGCAGAUCCAGCCAAUCUUCUAAGGAAGAAGUGAACUCUGAAGAAUAUGGCUCUGACCAUGAGACUGGCAGCAGUGGUUCUUCUGAUGAGCAAGGCAACAAUACUGAGAAUGAGGAGGAAGGGGUGGAAGAUGUGGAGGAAGAUGAAGAGGUAGAAGAAGAUGCAGAGGAAGAUGAAGAAGUGGAUGAAGAUGGAGAAGAGGAGGAGGAGGAAGAGGAGGAAGAGGAAGAGGAGGAGGAGGAAGAAGAGGAGGAGGAGGAGGAAGAAUAUGAACAGGAUGAGAGAGACCAGAAGGAAGAGGGAAAUGAUUAUGAUACUCGAAGUGAAGCUAGCGACUCUGAUUCUGAAUCAGUUUCUUUCACAGAUGGAUCUGUCAGAUCUGGUUCAGGCACAGAUGGAUCAGAUGAGAAAAAGAAGGAAAGGAAGAGAGCUAGAGGCAUCUCUCCAAUUGUUUUUGAUAGAAGUGGAAGCUCUGCAUCAGAGUCAUAUGCAGGUUCAGAAAAGAAGCAUGAGAAAUUAUCAUCUUCCGUUCGUGCUGUCCGAAAAGAUCAAACCAGUAAACUCAAAUAUGUCCUACAGGAUGCAAGAUUUUUUCUCAUAAAGAGUAACAACCAUGAGAAUGUGUCUCUUGCCAAAGCUAAGGGUGUUUGGUCCACGCUGCCUGUAAAUGAGAAGAAAUUAAAUGCUGCAUUCAGAUCUGCAAGGAGUGUUAUAUUAAUAUUUUCUGUCAGAGAGAGUGGAAAAUUUCAAGGAUUUGCAAGACUUUCUUCAGAAUCACAUCAUGGAGGAUCUCCUAUACAUUGGGUGCUGCCGGCAGGAAUGAAUGCUAAAAUGUUGGGAGGAGUUUUUAAAAUUGACUGGAUUUGCAGGCGUGAAUUACCCUUCACUAAGUCAGCUCAUCUCACCAAUCCUUGGAAUGAACAUAAACCGGUAAAGAUUGGACGUGAUGGACAGGAAAUUGAACUUGAAUGUGGAACCCAGCUUUGUCUUCUAUUUCCCCCCGAUGAAAGUAUUGACUUGUAUCAGGUCAUUCAUAAAAUGCGUCACAAGAGAAGAAUGCAUUCUCAGCCCCGAUCAAGAGGACGUCCAUCCCGUCGAGAACCAGUCCGGGAUGUGGGAAGGCGUCGACCAGAAGAUUAUGAUAUUCAUAACAGCAGAAAGAAACCAAGGAUUGACUAUGCCCCUGAGUUUCACCAGAGACCAGGGUAUUUAAAGGAUCCACGAUACCAGGAAGUAGACAGACGAUUUUCAGGAGUUCGCCGAGAUGUGUUUUUAAAUGGGUCCUACAAUGAUUAUGUGAGGGAAUUUCAUAACAUGGGACCACCACCACCUUGGCAAGGAAUGGCUCCUUAUCCUGGAAUGGAACAACCUCCACACCAUCCUUACUAUCAACACCAUGCUCCACCUCCUCAAGCUCAUCCCCCUUACUCAGGACAUCACCCAGUACCACAUGAAGCAAGAUACAGAGAUAAACGAGUACAUGAUUAUGACAUGAGGGUGGAUGAUUUCCUUCGUCGCACACAAGCUGUUGUCAGUGGUCGGAGAAGUAGACCCCGUGAAAGAGAUCGGGAGCGAGAGCGAGACCGCCCUAGAGAUAACAGAAGAGACAGAGAACGAGAUAGAGGACGUGAUAGAGAAAGAGAAAGAGAGCGAUUAUGUGACCGGGACAGAGACCGAGGGGAGAGAGGUCGAUAUAGAAGAUAAUGCGCUUUUGGAAGCACUGAUUGUUUAAAGAUAAAAAAAUCUUGUAUUUUUUUUGUGUGUGUGUGUGUGUUUACAAGUAGUAAAUUUAUUUUCAGCGGUCUACUUAAAGUUCAUUGUGUAGAAGGGUUAAUUAAAUCCCUCUUUGUUCCAAGCAUGCAGUAUAAUAAGAACUGGAAAAACUCAAAUCCUCCAAAAAUGCACAGUUGACAAUUUGAGUUGACACUUUUAUUGGAGCAGAAUGGAACAGUCCAAGAAUGUAGAUAUUGAUUCAUUCUCCAUAAAUGUUCAUCUACUUAUAGUGUGUUCAUCCUAGAGUUAUUUUUUGUUUGUUUUCUUUU